AUGUUUAUGUUUGUGUGUGUGUUUUUAGAAGACAACAGUGGCGUUAGAUAUCCAAAUGUUAGCAGACUGAUGUUACAAGGCAAAAUUAUAACUCCUCGUUCAAUAAUGACUUGUUUAACAAAAACGAUAAAAUUAUUAAAUUUAAAACAUUUGGAUCUUUCAUUUUAUUGUUCUGGACUUUUAUUAUUAGAAUUAUUAAAACAAUCACCAAAUAUUCAUACUAUAGAAAUACCGUCAGCAUUUUUAAAAGAAUUAAAAAAUAUUAAACAACUUCGUUCAUAUACAAAUAAUCAAAUUAAAAAAUUAAUAUUAGAUUAUCAUCAUCACUUUUAUCAUUCGUUUACAAGAGAAAAGAUGAAUGAUUUAUUGUACUUAUUUUCUAAUAUAGAAUCAUUAAAUCUUGAAUGUUCAAUAAAUACAUUAUACGAUUUUAAUGUUAUCGUAUCACGAUUAUUAAAAGAUUUAAAACAAUUAACUUAUCUAUCGUUAAAAAUACCUUAUAAUCUUACAAAAAUUACCAAGGAUUAUUGUAUACAAUUAUUAAGAAAAAAUUUAAUCGAUACAAACAAAAUUCAAAUGAUAAUCAUAGACUCUCAUGUUCCAUCAAAAAUCGAUUAUCGUAUCAUAUUAUGGUUAUAA